UUCUGCCAAACAUCUUCAAGACAUCAUGAAUACUUUUAUUCUAUUUCUCGCCGUCGUGGCUUGUGUUACGUCUGACAAUAUCCGUGUAAAGAGAGGUUACCUCCACGGUCUCCAUAGUGCUAACGGAGUUUCCAGCGGCUCUCAGGGCUACAGCUAUCCAGCACCAGCGAGAUAUGCGGCCUCUGCUGCGAUCCCCGCAUUAAGCUACGCCGCUCCGGCUGCAUCAUAUGUCAGUGUACCUUCUCUAUCCCAAUCCUCUUCUGGUAUUUCUUACUCUUCCUCUGCAGCCUCUCACUCCUCUCCCUUAGUGUCCCCCGUUCCUGCAUUACCUCUUGCUCCAGCUGUGUCCUAUCCUAGUCCCGCGGUCUCUUACUCUUCUCCAAUUUCUUAUGCAUCUCCAGCUGUGUCCCACGCCUCUUACUCAGCCCCUUCCGUCUCCUAUUCCGCACCAUCUGCUCAGUCGGUCUCUUACUCUUCCCCUGGGAUUUCUUACCCGGCUCCCGCUGCCUAUCCAGUAUCUUACUCUGUACCUGCUGCCUCUUCAGUAUCCUACUCUGCUCCUGCAGUCUCUUACUCUCAUUCUGCAGCUUCCUAUUCAGCCCCAGUAGCUUCUUCAGUGGCCUACUCUGCUCCUGUUCCCUCUCUAGGGUCAUACUCUGCUCCCAUAAUCUCACACUCAGCCCCAGCUGCUUCGUCAGUUUCCUAUUCCUCUCCUGCAAUCUCUUACUCCGCCCCUGCUGCUUCUUCAGUCUCCUACUCUGCACCAGCUGUAAGCUACAGUAGACCGGCAGCCAGUUACCAGCAACUGCAGCCAGCGGUCUCCUCUCGUGUAGUAACUGUAAAUAAAGUCGUUAAAGUAAAGAAAGUAGUCACUGUGCCGCAAGUAGUGAAUGUACGAAAAGUCAUCGAAGUACCUCAAGUAGUGUCCUUGAAGAAGGUUGUCUCCGUCCCAAACUCGAGCGGCCAGUACGCGAGCCAGUACGCGAGCCAGUACGGCGCGGGGACAGGCUAUGGAAGCGGCUGGUGAUGGGGUCUAGUCAAUGCCAGAUGUUAUUGUUAAUUAUUUAAGUCUUUGCGUUAAACAUAAUAAAGAUUUAUUUUUUAUGA